AUGUCGUAUGGGAAAAGCAUAAAAUCUCCCGCUGAUUGUCACGAUGAGAAGCUGUACGUUUUUGGAUUAUUUGAUGUGACUACACUUGCAACAGAGCAUCUAAAAUCUCUUGUAAAAGUAACCAGCAACUGCUACUAUACAGGGAGGAAAGAGUUCCUCUGGGUAGUACUAUACACGGAGGAAAGAGUGCCUUCACUAUGCUCCAUCGUCCACGACGAUGUUAUGCAUGCAAAUAUGCAAUGUGUGACCCCAGAAGCCAGAAGCAGAUUGUUGAAAUGA